AUGGAGACUGUCGCGCAGGAUCUCAAGCGUAAGCACGUCGCCGAUGAGCAUUCACUGUCGGAAUCCGAGGAAGUCAAGCGUACAAAGCAUGAGGCGGAUCCACAAAAACUGCUUGAGACAUCUUCUCGUGUCAUUGAGGGCCUCUUCUGGACUCUACCAGUGGAGUUGAAGGACUUAGUAUCCGCUCAUCUUUCCGAACACGACCUCAAGCAGCGCCUGCAAGUCGCUUCAGGUCUUAUACAGACUCACGGCCCACCCAUCAACAAGCAGGGCGCCGCAGAAUACUUCCUCAAGACGCUCUACAAGACGGUCUUCUUCUCACUACAUCCGCAAGAUGUGCAUACAUUCGACGGUUUGGUUGAGGGUUCCACCACGGCCAACUUCAGCGCGAUCCGAAACGUACUCUUCGAAACGUUCAUACCGACCAACGAGAUCUUUGUCCGUCUACUGCAAGGCUUCCGGAAAGACAGUGAUUCCAAUGUCCGCAUCGUCUCCUUCACAGCAGGAUCGCUCGUCGACAACGCGACCUUGCUAGUUCUGGAGAAAUUCUUCCAGCGCCACAUGACUUCUUUAGAGGCCAUCGUCAUCCCGAGCUACGACGACGGCCCUAUUCAUAACGCAUGGGCUUUCCACUAUCCAAGAACCAAGGCCGAGGUCAAGGAGAUUGAUCGCCAGAACCUGAUCGUCGCUUCAAGCAACCCGCCAAUUGGUCUCCCCGGUCACCAGUCCUGCAUCUUGGAGCAGACAGGCGACUUCGAACUGAGAGUCACCAAGCGCAGGCCAGACCUACCUGACUCAUCAGAAAACAAGCUAUCAAAGUCUGUUUCAACCAAGCUGGAUGUUCUGGUCCACUCCUGGGCGCCCGCCAAUCUCUGCCGCAAAAUGGUAGCCGAGGACAACCGAUAUCGCGUUCGUGACCUCUCCAUAACUUCUCUCCGCCAAGAUCCGCGCAUCAGGAUGUCCAUUGGUCCUAUCAUUGAAGGAUUGGGAUGGUCUCACCCCGUUUCGCUAGAGGAGUUGCGACUCAACUUCGUGAAUUGCGCCGAGUACGGCAGGGCAAUGAUCUCUAGUGAGAUGAAUGAGCGACCAAGGAUUAUCAACAUGGAGUCCAUCAAACUGCUCCAACUCCACGAGUGCGACGGCAACAUUGAGUUGAUCAAGGGUAUCUGUGAAGGUUCAGUCAACGUCGAGACAUUCCUGUUCUCUGUGAACGACGGAGCGAUCCAUGACGACGAGGAAGACGCUCUUGUGCAGUUUGUUCAAUCGGCGAAAAACUUGCGUACACUUUCUCUCGCAUACAUACCUCCUCCCAUCCCGGCAAAGACACAGUCGUCCGACAGCCCAGAGCUCGCUGCCGACGAAGACUCUCCGGUAAUGAGUCCCGGUAGUCGCCUCGACGGUACCCAGGAGCAGGCGCAUGAUGAUGUCGAUCAAGCCGUCUUCACGCAGGAGUAUUGUCGUUUCCCUCUUGCUCGUCUUCUCGGUCCGGUGAAUCGUCAACUACGCAGCCUGGCGCUGACACAAGAUCUGGGAUGCAAGAUUCGCACGGAGGACUUGGUCUACAUUGGCAAUACAUGUCCCUAUUUGACAGACCUCGCCAUAGCCUUCCCCGACAUCGCCGACACUUUUCCAGGGGCCUAUCUUGACGCCUACGUCAAGCUGCAACUCAAAGCUCUCGCCGAUGUUCUCAAAGCCUACCAGAACCUCAAAUACCUCCAGCUCAUCGCAAGCGGCGCCCACCGCGACCUCUCUCCUGGAUACGUCUCCCCCCUAGAGCGCAUUACGCGUCUAGUAAUCAAGAGUCUUGCAGAACAUGGUCUGCAGAUCGAAUACUUCACCAUCGCCCUUCGUAACGAUGAACAUCCGCAUGCAUACGGCGCCGAAGCAUGUCAUCUUCGCGUCCAUCACGAUGCCGAUUUGUCUGAGACUGUGGGUGAGAAGACACUGAAGCGCGACAUGGCUAUGUAUGGCGAUUGCUUGCGAUGCAACUUUGAGGAUGUUGUGCAGAAGAAGACAGGCUUUGCGUACGAUUACUGA